AAACCAACAUUCAUCCCCUCUUUCUUUCUUGCCCUGCCACUAGCUAAUCUUCCUCCUCCCUUCGCUCCGCCUCCACCCACCAUCCGCCGCCGCAGGCAUGGAUGUAAAACACCCCCAACCACCACCUCCCCCCGUCAAAAUCAAAAGAACCACCAGCUCCGACGGUAGCGGAACCGGUACAAUAAUUCUCAAUAAAUACCAAUUGGGUCGUCUUUUAGGCCGUGGCAGCUUUGCUAAAGUCUACCUUGGCCGUUGUUUAGACGACACUAAUACAGAAGUCGCCAUUAAAGUUAUAAACAAAACCGGUUCAACAACUACCUUCGAUGCUUCUAUGGAACCUCGUAUAAUCCGAGAAGUCUCCGCUAUGCGCCGCCUUAAUCACCACCCAAACAUCCUUAAACUCCACGAAGUCAUGGCUACAAAAACCAAAAUCUACUUCGUAAUGGAACUCGCCCACGGCGGAGAGCUUUUUACAAAAUUGAACCGCCGUGGCGGCCGGUUUUCUGAAUCAACCGCCCGGUUUUACUUCCACCAGCUUGUCUCCGCCUUACACUUCUGCCACCAAAACGGCGUCGCACACCGCGAUAUUAAACCUCAAAAUCUCCUCCUAGACAAAGACGGUCACCUUAAAAUCUCCGACUUCGGACUCUCCGCCUUGCCGGAGCAACUACUUAACGGUCUCCUCCACACCGCUUGUGGAACUCCGGCGUAUACUGCACCUGAAGUAGUUUACAGAAAAGGAUAUGACGGAGCUAAAGCAGAUGCCUGGUCAUGUGGGGUUCUUCUCUUCGUAUUUCUCGCCGGUAGUUUACCUUUUGAUGAUUCAAAUUUACCUAGCAUGUAUAAAUCUAUACAUCGCCGUGAAUUUAAGUUUCCCGAUUGGGUUUCAAAGCCGGCUCGGAAAGUAAUAAACCGGUUGCUUGACCCAAACCCGGAUACGAGAUACGGUAUUGAGGAGUUGAUGAAUACUCCAUGGUUUAAAAGAUCUUCAUCAAUGAAACAAGAAGAGAUUAAGCAAUUUGGUGAGGGGAUUUUGGAGAAGGAAAGUAGUAAACAUAUGGGGAGAAUGAAUGCGUUUGAUAUUAUAUCGAUGAAUUCGGGUUUGGAUUUGUCGGGGUUGUUUGAAAUGGGAUUGAAUAAGAAGGAAAUGAGGUUUACGACGAAUGUGGGGGUGAUUCAGGUUGAGGAGAAAGUGAUGAAGAUUGGGAAAGAUGGAGGGUAUAGAGUGGAAAGAAGGAAGAGUGGGGGAAUUGGGUUGGUGAAAGGGAGAGUGGUUUUGUUGGUGGAAAUGUUGGAGGUGGCAAAGGAGUUAUGGUUGGUGGAGUUUAAGGUUGUGAAUGGUGGAACAGAAUUUGAGGAUUGUCAAUGGGAGGAAUUGAAAAUUGGGUUGAAAGAUAUUGUUGUUUCAUGGUACAAUGAUGGAUCUUGAAGAGGAUUGGUGGUGGUGGUGGUGGAACAUGGCAGUGGCCAGCGGCCGGCGGCGAAGUUUGAGUUCCCUUUGUGGUGGCAGACGGCGGCGGAUGGAGGCGGCGUUAUAUAGUGGUAGGUGUCUUUGAUACUUGAUCUUCCAGGGUGUAAGGCAUUAGGCAGUAGUUAGGGAGCUAAAGUGUAGUUCUUGUUAGUCUUUUUUGGACUCUGUAAAUUGAAAUGGAAAACAUUUUUUUUUUUGGUUUAGUUGCA